AUGGUUUUGGUUAGCACGACUCAUUUCUUUGCACCACCUGAGCUCGUCUGUGAGUUGUAUGGCAUCGAAAAAGAUGGUAUGUUCAGCACGGCUCAGCUCACUUCUUUACAAUGGCCCGCUGUUCUGCCACUAUGCAACGACACUUCAGUUAUGUCUUCAGCAUCUGGCUGA